GAACUACUAUCCUGUUUCACCCUCGGUGCUUUCCGUACAUCAAUGCCCGAAGAUGAUUUGUAAAUAAGGCUGAAAACUUGAACACACAGGACAGGGAUCAUCUUCCAAAGGCGUGGACAGUGAAUACCUCCAAGUGCUGCCAUCCUUGGAAUCUUUUUUUGAAACGUCAGGUGGCUGCAUCGGUUGCCUGUCAAGAGGGCGACACAUGAUAUUUUUGUUUUAAAUAAGAGGGAAGCACCAAGGCGACAUUAAGUUCGACUUCUAAUGCUGCUUUAGGAACAAUGGAGGCUUUAGAAACACCUUUUGACUUCACAAGCCCUAUUGUACAAGCUCAGGCAGUGAGAAGGCUUGUUGCUGCUGUGCUCAAAGAGAAAGGUCCAAAUGAACAAAUCAGCCAGUCCUCCAAACAGGGCUCUGCUUUGGAAACCUUGUGGAAGCAGUGCUGCAAUGACAGCGCUCUGGUGCGUUCAGCCUGCUGCGACGCCGUCGUUCUGCUGGUGGACCAAGGCCACGCGGACCUGCUUUAUGUCCUCAACAGCGUCCUCAACCUGCUGCCCUCUUCGAGAAAUGUGCAGGGGUUAGUUCAAGUUCUUGCACGGUUGCUACAGAUGCAGGCAGACCUCAGAGACAAGGAUGCACAAUUCAGCUGUCCUUACAGCAUCAGGAGUAGUCCUCAUCCAUAUAUAACAGCCCUGGAAAACCGGCUGGACUGCUGGCCGGCCCUUCUUUCUGAGAUUAAUGACUUGGUACAGCAGGCUGUUGACAGAAAUGAAAGUGCUUACGUCAGGAUGCUGGUCCCCUUUCUGUGCUACCUCUACUGCCAACCUCAGAGGCGACCCGAGCACACCCUUCUUCGACAAGGCCUCCUGAGGGUGCUGCUCCAUACAGAUCCAGAGUGUGCACCCAUCCCUAUGGACAAUUGCUCCCCGGUAUCUGACAGUUUGCUCCAGUGCCUCUGCCAGCUGGUGCCACGCAUGCCGGUUGAUUGUGUGGAGGCGGUGCUGGAGCUGCAUGGAUUCAUCCAUGCUUUGCUUCCUAGUCUGUCUCUACAGUGUGAAGAACCCUGGAGGAGUGAGAGAGUGGGAAUCCUUCUCCAGCUGCUUUGUGCCUGUCAGCGCUGCCUCGUGUUAAACGGAGAUUGCCGACCUCUCGUCAGCUUGAUGACGCAGCUUCUCCCAGCGUGCCAAAAGGAGCUGCCGUUGGAUGAGCUGUUAAUGGGUGUGGCCUUUCUCCUGUCUGAGGCUCCAGCUACACAGCAGAGUUGCUUGCUCAGUCUAGUGUUGAAGUUAGUGCCUGAGCACAGUGAGCUGUCCCCCUGGUUGUGUCCUGUCCUGGUUCUUCCAGUGCUGCAACUACUGUGCUGUUCAGAGCUCACAGAGCCACUUGCAGAACGCCAUAUGCACGCCCUCAACAAGAACCUGGCUCACAGAGUCCUGUGCAACAUCAGCAGACAGACUGAUAGAGUCCAACAGUCUUUUUUACCAGAAGCCCUUCUUCUGACUUCCUGGUUGAGUGAGGUGAGAGUGGCCGUGUCCAUACUGCGUCAAGUGGUGGACCAUCCUUCUGCAGCUGUCGACUGGCUGCUGUCGCUCACCACGGCUCUGUCCAACAGCCAGCGCCUGCCGAGCUCUCUCACACUCAUCGUCGCCCACCUCGUCAUUACUGGCCGGGAGGACGUCUGCCAGCUCGCUUUGAAUUCCGUUCAGGCCAUCGCGGCCGCAGACCCCCACCAGGUUCCCCCACUCCUUCCUGUCCUGCACUUCAAGCUGGGCAAAGAAAGGAAUCCAGGUCUGACUCAUGCUGUUCUCAACUGCCUGCCAAACCUCGGUAGUCACAAGCUAUGCGUCCCCAUGGUGCUGCAGACGCUCAGCCUGCUUGCAAGCAACCCCAAGCUGAAAGCUGUGGCCAUGCGACUCAUUACCGCUCUCUGGAAGAAACAGGACCGAGUUUACCCUGCGCUGCAGCGUCUGUUGACUCAGCAGGACAAUAGGGUGGUGAUGGGGAGGGACACCCAGUGGGAACAGGUGCUGGCCAGGGCGGCCUGCCUUCGGGACAUCUGCAGAGAAAGGCCUUACCAGCACGCAAGUGACAUGUUGGCCUCCAUUGCUUUCACUCUAAAUCAAUGCACCAGACCUGACCAGGCGACCCCUGCAGCUCUCGCUCUGCAAGGACUCCAGGAGCUGUGCUGUGCAGAGAUAGUGGACAUGGUGUCAACAUGGAGAAGUCUUGGUCCAAAGCUCAAGUGUGACUCCCGUCCUCCGAUGGUCAAGGCUGUCGCUCAGCUCCUAGCUCUAGUUCCUCAACUCACCGUCAAGUCUGAGGAGUAUGAGAAAUUAAUGGAGGAGGUGGUCAGCUUUUUGUGGAAUUACGCCCUGAGCGAGGAUCCAGAGAUGGCCAGCUGUGGUUUCCGGGCAUUAGCAGACUUUCCUGAAGUGGUUCAUACAAUAAAUCAUCUUCCUGAGGCAGCCAGACCUGCUAUAAAGCAUGAGGAAGAGGGAAUGGAAGAGGAAGAUGAAGAGGAAAAGGACCUCUCUGUGCCGGGCUCAUCUUAUGUGAAGCUGCUGACUCUCACCUCUUCACCUGUUCUACCAGCUUUCCAGGUCUUCCUCACAUCACUGGUGAAGAAGGAGAUGAGCCAGAUGCCGAGAGGGGUGUAUUUUUCUGCCCUGAAAGGGGGCAACCUUCGUUCAGAUCAGGGUAAAACUGUGGCAGGGAUCCCGUCCUUCAUGCUCAAGUACUAUGAGAAGAACAAGCAACCCGGACUCAAACAUGGACUCGCAGCUGGCCUGUUGCUUUGCCAUGAGCUGCCCCAGCAAACUGACCGCGAAGGCCGACCCAUUGAUCGCUUCCUCCUAAGCCGCAGUCGAAGCUAUCAGCAGACUCUGGCUGCUCUUAUGCACGAGGUGAACAUUCAGCCGUCCGAAUGGCACCGUGCGCUGCUGCUGCCUCAGGCGUGGCGUGGCUUCAUGAAUCGCACGUUUCAUGCAGUCCUUGAGGGUCGACAUGCCGAAUUGGAAAUGUUGAGUAAACAAGGCAAAGAGAACCCAGAAGAUCUUCAGUACAAGCAACAUUGUGCCUGGCUGUGGGCCAGGGAUCAGUUAGCAGAUGCCAUAAAAAGUGCGACAAAGGACAGUCCUGUUGUUCAGGGAAACUCUGUACUGGCUCUGAGCUCCCUGGCUGCUGUUGUGGCAAAAUAUGAGAGCAACCUGCCUGCUGAUAAUGACGCCGGCCUUGGGGCUGGACCAGAGUUUGUCCCCACAAGCAGUUGGUUAUCCAUGGUGCUCGACACGCUGCUCAGCAUCAGCAGCAGCAAUUACAAAGCCAAAGGUCAAGUGUUUCCGUGGUAUCUGCAUCGCUCCUAUUCAGGUGACAACACAGCAAGCGCCAUUGCUCGCUCCUGCGCCAGCUUAGCCCUGUCUCUGCUGGUCCCGGUGCUGGUUCUAUGGCACAAAGACAGUCUGAACCAGGUCUUGUCGGCACUGCAAGCCAGCUUGCCAAGGUCGCCCACCGCAGAUGACUCUCAGGUCAUUCAGUUUCACUCGGGCCUAGCUCUGGGUAUGGUAUUGUCCAGCCUACACCAGCAGCGCCUCAGUGACGUCUCCCCUCAGGGGGAUGCUCAGCUGCUCCUUGACGCUAUGUCUGCCCUGGAAGCGUGUACCUUUGACACCAAUGUAGAAUACAAUACCGGCUGCAUGUUGGGUCUGGGUCUGGUGCUUUCAACCUUCUGUAACAGUGGACAGACACAACAACACAGCCACGUAAUCCAAAUACUCGACAAACUACUGAGUGCUUUGCAGGACAGCAGUGGGCAGGGGCGCUUGCAGCAGGAGGUUUUGUCGUAUUCUGUGGCGUGUGUCGGCGUCUCUGCCUUCAGUGGAUCAGUCAUCGAUGCCAACAAGGCAGAGGAGGUCAUGAACACACUGCGCACCCUGACAGAGGAGAGCCAGCAGACUCCAGGCUUCUCCUUGGCUUUGGGCCUCGUGGUCCAUGGUUUGUCUCUGUGCGGUCAUGGCAAAGCAGAGGACCUCCAACCUCGUCUCCUGGCUGCCUGGGUCAAGAUUUUAUUGGCUGAGGGAUGCCCCACCAUGCAACGUCUUGCUGCUGCUAAUGGACUGGUAGCUUUAGUGGGAUCAGAGAGCUAUCUAAUUCAGCUCAAGGGUGAACUGGAGCUUUCUUCUCAUCAGCAGAGCAGACUUAACGAGGUUAUUCGCUCCAUCUCGCAGAUUAUAACCUUCUCGGGAGCGAUUGGCUUGCAGUCCAACUGUGCCUGCCUGCUGGGUCACUUGCAUUUGUCGCACAUGUUCACCGGCCAUAGUCACACAGCAGUGCCUCAGGACUUCAGCUACCUCUCAGAGAAAAGUGUCAUCAAAGCUGUCGUGGAGUUGCUCACAGAAGCUGGGAAGAAAGGUCCAGAGUUUGUCCAUGCGAGGGUGGUUAAAACUGCUCUGACAGCUCUGGCUUCAGUUGGAGGCAGCUUCCAGUACCCUCCUAUCAACUGGAGCACUGUCCUGUCCCCUCUGAUGAGACUCAGCUUUGGUGAGGACUUUCAGCAUCAGUGUGUGGUGCUGGCUGCCGCUCAAGCUCAGUAUUCCCAUAAUGCAUCGCUUUUUCUUGGGUCGUGGCUGUCCCCGCCUCUUGUGUACAGUCUCAGUUUCCAGACCCGGGCCCACCUCUAUGAGACUCUCUCCUUGUGGAUGAAGCAUGUUGUCGAGGAGAAGCUCCAGUUCUAUGUCGACACUGUGGGCCUGCAGGCUUUCCAGGAUGAACUUCGACCCCAGCGUCUCUCCCUGUGCUGCUCCCUGCUACAGGGCCUAGCUCAUGCCAUGGCCCUGCCCAACCCACCCAACGUGUGCUGGGCCUUGAUGUGCUCCACCACAGAGAAGAUCUUCAGCCUCCUGCCCAACCAAAUAAAGGAGAGUGAAGUGGAUUUGUACGUUGGAAUCGCCAAAUGUUUGCAUGAGAUGUCUGAUACUGAGAUCGACCGCAUCUCUGGUGUCACCGAGGAUCAGAUGGAGAAAACUUGCUUUGUCUUGGCUUACCUGACAUCCCAAGGUAGAAUUCCCCUCCUCGGACUGAAUGACAUCAUCGCCAGUGUGCUCCGUGGUUGGCCGAGUCACCGAGUGGGUUGGAUCCUCCUGCAGACUUUCUACCAGUGUCGCCUGGCCGCCAGCAUCCACACAGGUGUAAGCAAACGAUUAGAGUGGCUGCUGGAGCUGAUGGGACUCAUGCGAAAUGUUGCUUACGGCACCACCUCUGUCACCAUUGGAAGCACCAAAGUGGCCACAGACUUCCUCUUUCAAGUUUUUGCCGCCGCGGUCGUUUCCUGGGGCGACCACUCCAUGCCCCUCCUGCUUGGCAUUAGGACUCGGUGGUUUCCCUGGCAAUCUACGUCCAAGCCCGCCGUCCUCCUGCACAAUCUGUACGGCGAGGAGUCGCUGACGGACCGUGCCCUGCCCCAGUGCCUACUGGGACUGUCGCACAGCCUGACCCUUCUUCUCAACAAAGAACCUUGGAGCUGCCAGUCGCACAAGUUCAUAGAGUGGCUUCUCAGCAUCGUGGAGGGACCAGAGCAAAGUCUGACAAGCUCAACUAUCAACACAGCCAAAGCUGCUCUCUUGGCCCUGAAGUGUUUUCCUGAUUUCAAGAAGAAGUCCGUGUGGACCAGAGCGUAUGGCUGGUAGCCCACACACACAAACAGUCUCAGACCAUUCAAACAUCAUCCAUCCAUCCAUUUCCUACCGCUUAUUCCCUUCGGGGUGUUGUCUAAAUAAAAGAACACUUGCAACUA